UCAUGCAACAACGUGCCCAGAUGAGUGAGUUAAACAGCACCGAGGGUAUUGACGGCAGCCCAGCCGCCAUGCUUGCGGGUGGGUUGGUAGAGUCUGACUCUGAGUUCUCAACCAGUGACUCGGAAGGCGAAGACCUGCCUGAGCUGAGCGCUGGGGCAGAUAGCAGUGCAGCUGGGUCAGCGGAGACGUAUGCGGUGGUAGCAGCCAAACAGACCCAGCACGAAGGGGAGGUGGCGGAAGUACCGAACUGUGCUGUGCAAGGACACUCGGGGGGUGCACCCGAUACUAAGGCAGGGGUGCCAGGGGAUGAGGGCGAUAUAUCGGGACAAACCCAAGAUAACCCAGCAGAAGACCUCGAGAGCUCGGUCGCUGGCUGUGAAGGUUUGACUGCGGCCACGGCCACGGAUACGCAUACGGUUACAUCGGUUGCUAAUAGGUCGGGGGGUGCUCAUGAACCGGUUAACGGGGAGAGUGAGGGCCAGGAUACAGGGUCUACAGAGCCCCAUGAGCUUAAGGACGAGGACAGACAAACCCAAGCCCAGGCUGGGAGUGUGGAGAGUGAGAGUGAGAGUGAGAGGGAAAGGGGACCGGUACCAUUAGACGCGGACAGCGCUAUAGGGCGGCGGGCGAGUGCGAUAGGCGCGCAGGAGCAGCUAGUUAACCAGAAAGCAGAGAUUGUCAGUGCACAGAUCAAGGCCCUGGAGGAGCACGUACUGGCGGUAGACGGACAGAUGGAGGCUGUAGGUAGGCGUCUGCGGGCUAUGGAUGCGGCAGACGAGGUGGGGACUCAGGAGAUCGCCGAGGUAGACGGGCAGGUACAAGCAGUCAACCAGGAGGUGAUGGAUAUAGAUAAGCACGUCACAGCGGUCAACGAGCAGGUAGAUAGCGUGGAUGAGCAUGUGCGGGUUAUGAACACGCAUGUGCGUGCGCUGGAGGCGCAUGUGCAUGCCUUAGGUGGGGACGAGGGUGUGCCCGGUAUGGGCUCGCACGUACAGGCGCUAGAUGAACAACUCAAGUCCGUCAACGAGAGCAUCUCCUGUAUGGACACUCAACUGUCGGCGGUGGACGAGAUCAUCGGGUCAGUGGGUGAGAAGGUCAAGGCGACGAACGCGCAUGUGCUGGAUGUGAUUGAGCAGAAUACGCCAGACAGCGAUAGUAGCAAUGGGGUGGGACUGGGCGAAGGGGUGGCUGGUGCUGGGUGUGAUUGGGUAGAUACGAUAGCCAGCGUUUGAAGAUCCCGGCACAAGGUCAAUUAUUAGCAUCAUAUAUGUACAAGCAUCAACUAUUUCCCGUGUGUGUAGAUAAGCACUCUUGUCGUAAAAUUAUAUUAAAGCGAAUGCAACGACUUGGAAGGGCC